UUCAUUUGCUAAAGUUCUCUGUUAUCUCUCUUUUAAUACAUUAUAUCUGUGCAUAUAAUUAUUUAUACGGAUGAGGAUAUUGAGAAGAACUUCUCAUUUCUUCAACUCUGUUUGGAUCAAAAAAAAUUCCUCUCAAAAUCAAUUAUGCCACCCAGAAGCUACUACUACUUAGAUGAAUUUCUCCCCAUAAUUGAUUUUGACUUUGUAAUCAAUUCUAGAUAGAUUUCUAAACAUGCACAAGUCCCAGAAAUGUGUAAACUUCUAUUGCUUUUGGUUCCCAAAAAUGAGUACUCAUGUUCAUGAAGUUUUUAUGAUUAGAUUAUGAAGAUUGAAGAGAUCUACAGCUGAAUCUUUUUGGUGAUUGAGAACCAAGUAUCAACCAAACAGGUGUCUCAAAUUUGACAAUAAUGUUUCUCAAAUGUUUGGGCUUCUCUAGUUCAAAGCAUAUCAAUUCGGAUUCACCAUCAUCUGAUGCAGCCAUGACCUUGCAUGUGAGAUUAUCUAAGAGACCCUAUCAAACAGUUAUAGAAGAGCUAUGCCAUCAAUUUUCUCUGGCUGAUCUCAAGAAAGCAACCAACAACUUUGACAAAAACCAAGUAAUCAGAAGUAAAGGCUUUAGUGUAGAAUACAAAGGCUGUUUCCAACAUGAUGUUGGUGUUACAGGCACAGUAGCGGUAAAACGAAUGCAUCAGGGUACAGGCCAAGGAUUGCGCGAGUUCAUGAAUGAAAUUGAGUUGCUCUGCCAGCUUCGUCACCCGAAUUUGAUCACUCUUAUAGGAUUCUGCAACCACAGAGAUGAGAAGAUUCUUGUGUACGAGUACAUGUCCAAUGGUUCUCUCUAUGAUCACCUGCACAAUAUUCACAUGGAACCACUCUCAUGGAAGAAAAGGCUUGAGGUGUGCAUAGGUGCAGCAUGUGGGUUGCACUACCUUCACACAGGAACCAAACGAACCAUACUUCAUUGCCACAUAGACUCCAAUAGCAUUCUGCUGGACAAUAAUAUGGUGUCAAAGAUCUCAAGUUUUGGACUUGCCUUACAAGGACCCCAUUUUACAUCCAAACCAAAACCAAUACCAGAUGAUGAGUUUACUUCAUUCAUAGGUACAUACGGUUACACUGCACCUGAGGUUCUGCAAAACAUGACCUUCACUGAUAAAAGUGAUGUGUGGUCCUUUGGAACAGUUCUACUUGAAGUGGUGUGCACAGAUAACACGCUAAUAUGGACAGGAUAUCCUAUUGAGCAGAGUAUAGAUCCAAAAAUCAAAGGACACAUUGCACCAGCAUGUUGGGAAGUGUUUAUGGAUAUCACAAAAAGAUGCUUGAAGUGGGAACCUGAUGAGAGACCAGCAAUGGGUGAAGUAGAGCUACAACUUGAGGGUGCUUUGUCAUUGCAAGAAGAAGCAGAUAGCAAAAAGAAUAAUGGUGAUUAUUAUCACUUAUUAACCACCACCACUAUUACUAAUUCUCUACAAGAAGAGACAUCAAUUUCAUGUGCAAGCAAUGAAUUUUAGCUUGGUAGAAUAGAUGUUUGUAAAUUUAACAAUAACUGCACUCCAAGAAUUGUUCAACAUUAUUUCAUAAGGUGUUACAAAUUGGUAUUAUGAUGUUAAUUUGUAAUGUGGCAUCCAACUAUAUUAGUUAAUUUGAACAUCUGUUUUGGUCAAAA